GAUCUGCUCGGUGCGGCUCAGACUGAGGAGGAAGAGGAGGAGGAGAAACGGCAGCAGCAGGAGGAGGAGGAGGAGUGUCGGUGCGGCGGCUCUGACGGUCAGUCGGUAAACAGUCUGUGAGAAGACGGUCGGUGACGGACAGUAACGGACGGGCGACUGAUGAAGAGGAGGAUGCUGCUGCUUCAUAUGGGCGGUCAUGUGACUUAUGGUGGACGAUGGCCUGUCAGCGCUGAGCGAGCUUCCAGCAGGCAGCAGGUCUGAGGUGAGGCAGAGGAUCAUGGGAGAUGGAGGCCCGCUGCAGACCGAGGGGAACGCCCUCCUCAAAGCCGUCUUCCAGGGAAAGCUGCGACUGACCCGUCUGCUGCUGGAGGGUGGCGCCUAUAUCAACGAGGGCAACGAGCGUGGCGAGACACCGAUCUCUGCCGCCUGCCUGGCAAGCUACGAUGAUCAGCAGACCCGGCAAAGGAUGGUGCGGUACCUGCUGGAGAAAGGCGCCGACCCAAACAUCCCCGACAAGAGCGGUCGCACAGCACUCAUGCAUGCCUGUGCGGAGCAGGCGGGGAAGGAGGUGGUGUCACUGCUGCUGGAGAAUGGAGCAGAUCCCAGCCUCAAGGAUUACUCCGGCUCCUCUGCCCUCGUCCAUGCCAUCAACAGGGGAGACCGCGACACGCUGCAGGUUCUGCUGGAUGCCUGCAAGGCCAAAGGCAAGGAGGUGAUCAUCAUUACCACCGACACGUCUCCAUCCGGCACCAAGAAGACCAAACAGUACCUCAACUCGCCGCCCUCGCCUGGCAUAGUGGACAAACUGUCUCCGGCCUGCAUGUCGCCUUCCGAUGUGGAGAUCGGCACGUCGUCGCCUGCAGGGGACAAGAAUAAAGAUGAAGAGGGCAUCUUCAGCUUUGCUCUCACCUCUGCGUUACCUUUACCUUCAGCUCGACCUCCAGGUGAGAAGAGACCGCCGCCUCGCAAGCUGCUGAAGAGGCUGAACUCGGAGCCCUGGGGACUGGUGGCGCCCUCAGUGCUGAGCGCCGUUCCUCUGGACCGGGUGGAAGGUGGUCUGGCGGAGGAAGGCGACCUGAGUAGGACAAUCACCGAGAUUAAUGGCCUGUCCAUUGUGGAACCGGUCAGACCUCUGUUGUCACGGCGACACAGCAUUGAGACCCAUGACCCCUGUUCCCCCAAACUCAUCGACCGGUCCUGCUCGGAGGACUGCGCUGCAUUGUCAGGCCCAUCCUGGGCCGACAAAGUCCAGCAGCACCAGAUCCUGUACCGCAGGAACACCGCUCCAGAGUCACAGGAGAACGCCGGAGGAUCUGGGGCAGUCGGGGCCCGGGCCUUGGCUCACCCCAAACUGACCCGGAUGGAGCACUAUGAGUCAGACACCCACCUCUGCCCUGAGUCCAUCCCAGGAUCCCCAGACUCCGGUCGGGUGUCCGUGGAGCGCAGGAGGUACAACGCCUCCCCCCUGUCCCUGGUCACCAGUUCAUCUCGGGAGUCUCUGGAGAACAUCCCCAACUCAGUGUCCCCCAUCAUGAUGCGCCGGCGCCCCCCAGGCCUCCUGGAGCGCCGUGGCUCUGGGACCCUGCUGCUGGACCACAUCUCCCACACCAGGCCCGGCUUCCUGCCGCCACUCAACAUCAACCCGCAGAGACCCAUCCCUGACAUCCGGGCCAACGGCAAGCCCACCUCUCCAGUCCACUCUGGGCACAAGAUCCUGGUCCCAGUGGCCCCCACCUCACCCAAACGAGGGCCCGACUUCAAAAUGAAGAAGAAGCUGAUGAGAAGACACUCAAUGCAGACGGAGCAAAUGAAGCAGCUUUCCACCUUCCAGGAGAUCCUGGCCGAGAAGGUCAUCGAGUCAAAUGGCGAUUGAUGACAGAAGGUGAAGAGUGAUUGGCAGCUGCAGAGACGUUAGUGUGGUGAAGCUUCUCUGACUAAUGAACUCAGAUAAAGACCAUGUUGUGGGCUCUGAGGAGGACUGCACUGAUAGGAUUUAUUACACAGAGAAGGGGUUCAGAUCAGUUUUAAAACCAGAUUUAAUUCAAUCCAUCAGAAACAGAUUUAAACUCUCAAAGGUUAAAACUAGCUGACCAACAUGAAGGUCAAGGGUAGAAAAAAUAACAGAAACCAAAAUACUCAACAUCACAGAGACUCGACAUCCAGUCAACAUCUGACAAACUUUGGCCUUAAAACAAUAAACAAUAAACCCAAAUAGUCACAUUUAAAAAUAAAAGCAUGUGUGACGUGUGAACACCUAAACUGAAGUGGUUUAAAGCCUGGUGGAUGAAGGCCGUGAAGUGUGGCUGAAAGCUACAGGGAAAGUUAAAACCUUGCAUUCAGGUUAUUUGGUUUCUGACAGUGAGUGACACUUGAUCAUGGAAUUAAGUGAAAAGUGAGUAAAUGAACACAGUAACAGACAGCUUGAUUUAAAUAAAGGUUUGAAUCCUGUUUAUUAAAGUAUUUGCUGAAACUAUGAAGCAUUUAGGUAGGAUUUAUUCUGAAAAAAAACCCAAUCAGUUUUAAUAAUCAGCAGAUCAAUCAGUGGGACGUGUUGGAUCAAAUCUUCAGGUUCUGAAGUUUCAUCCUUUAAUUUAUGUAUUUUAUUAUCAUUUAAUGGAAUUAAUUAGGUUUGAUUGACUACACUGAUUCUAAGCCUGACGCUACCCAUGAUCCUCUGUUUCUGUUGCCAUGGAGAUGCAGCCGAUCAGAAAUGACACUUGAGAAUAAUUUCAGCUGCAGGUUGUGUUAAAGGUUUCUGAAAUCAGGUCACAUGACACAGUCUAAAAUGGCUUUGCAGAAAUGCAUCCUGGGAGUUGUAGUUCUUUUCUGCCACAAAUAUUUUACAAACACAAGCUUUUUCCUCUCAGAAUAAACACAGAGCGACUUGUACGACACUUUAAAUGAUUUUCUGUAGAUUCACACAAAUGCUUUACCCUCUGAACUCAGUUUCUGCUGUUUUCUGCUCCCGGCUCAUUAUUUCACUGCAAUCUAAAGUCCUGCAGCUCCAUGGAAACAGAACAACAUGUAGAAGGAGAGAGAACUCAGAAAUGUCUUCUCUCAGUAGGACACAGUUAGAAAGAUGGAAAUCUAUUUUCUAUUUUUACAAAAAUGUAAAAUCCUGGAACCAACACUGGAACAAAUGUUGACUCUACAUACUGUAGAUACUGAACUACUCACAUCUGCUGCAAACAGUUUUUCUGGAUAAUGUUUUUAUGGACGUAGAAUUAAGUAGUUUUGAUAUGAUAUAUGAUAUAUAUUCGAUAUAUGUGUAAUUUUAUUGAUGCAACCACAUCACAAAUUAAUAGUUCAGGGACUGUUGGAAAGUUCUGCUGAUUCUUUCCGUUUUUACAGUUUCUGGCUGAUAAAUGGGGUCAUUUUGGUGAUUUUUGGGGUUUAGAGCGUUAAAGUCUGUUAUGAGAGUUAGAGCCAACCCUAACAGAGGAAACACUGCUAGCUGUGUUAGUGUCGCUGGAGACAGCUGUCAGUCUAAAAACUUACUUUCACCCGUUACUGCUAAAACUAAAUAGCAUGUGUUUAACCAGCAGUUAGUGGGAACCUGCUGUGCCACCUGAACCUUGGCCGCCCACAUGGACAACAAGGCUGUAACGUCACACCAUUCAGUCACCAGUUAGAGAAGCUGAUGUGUUUAUCACUGUUGUUGAUCUUGAAUUCUGUGGUCGAAUUUGUUCAUCAGAAAGUCUGACAGUGACUCCGUCUGUGGAAAUUACUGCAAGAAAGUGUUUGAGAGUUUCUGUUGUGAAUCAGAGAAAGUUGGUCGGUGCAGCUCUCCUCAGCUUCACCGCUGAACCUUUUCUGAAGCUUCCUCUGAACCCUUCUUUCGUGAUGAAGACAUAAGAAAAGUUAUCGGACCUGUUUGAUGUUUACAGAUGCACAAUUUGCACCGAGCUCGUUUCCAUUUCGUCUCCUGACAGAUGAAGUCUUCUGCUGCAGUUUAACUGAUGGACCUGAACUCAUAUUUAUUUCGAUCAGUUAUAAGCCUGUUCUGGUUGAAGAUGUGUGAAACUACCUACUGCGCUGUAUGUACUGUAAUUAUCUACUAGUCAAUAUAAUAGUUGGUAUUUCUGUGGCAGACUCGUCUUUAUUUUACAGUUCAGUCCUGGUUUCUGUACUUCCAGAACUCUGAGGUAACACCUGAUAUAAUUUGUGUUUAAAGUUAAUCAAACGUUGGUUUAUUGUUUCUGAAAUUCCAAAGAAGUCGUGUGGACGAUCUGAACCAAAACCUGCUGAGACUGUAAAUACUGUAAACACUUCAACUGGUUGGACACUGGGGGGCGCUGCAGGGCAAAGGAGCAGCACCUACAGAAAGCUGUGGCAUCAGUCCUCUGGUCCUGAUGAUGCAAUAUCUCACAGUGAUCAAUACCAUGAUUAUGAAUAAAGCAGUGAUCAAUCAAA